AUGGAGAUAAUCAUUUUCGCAGUAUCCUCAAAACAGUGUCUUUUUGACACAACUGCUGACAGCUACCGGGACUUGGAGACAAGUGUCCACGAUAGUAGGAUUGCCAGGUUAGUUUAGUAGUGAGCUUGUGCUAGAUGUGGCUAGUUAGCUAUCUUGCUAACCUAGCCAAUGAGGUGUGUGUGUGUGUGAAAGAGAAAUAGUAAUAUAAAUUAUGCUAGUUACUACCCCUGAUAAUUUGACCAAAUAAUCAUGUUUGAAAGAGUGUGAGUGUGUAUGUCAGAUUAAGAGUAAUAGAAAUGAUGGUAGAUACUACCCCUGAUAAUUUGGUCAGAUAACCUUGUGUGUGUGUCUGUGUGUACAGUAGGUGACAUGUCCAUGAUAGCUAUCUAAUAACUAUAGUUAUGCUAGGUAAUAGUUUGGCUUAUAAUGUUCAUGUCUAUGUAGAAGAAGACUGUAGGAGGAAGUGGAGAGGACUCAGGGACAGGUAUCAGAGAGCGAGAAGGGCAGAGAAAGAGAAGAAGAGGUCUGGGUCAGCAGCUUCAGGCCAGCGGCCUUGGCGCUUCUGCCACAUUCUUUCUUUUCUGGAUCCAUUUAUUGUGCCUAGGGCAACAAGUGGCAAUUUUACAGCUAGACCCUCUAUGUCAUCCACAAGUGUGACCACCGCCUCCACCAGUGCAGCGAGACCCUCUACGUCAUCUACAAGUGCGACCACCGGUGCAGCGAGACCCUCUACAACGUCUACGUCAUCCACAAGUAUGACCACCACCGGUGCAGCCAUGGAAGAGGAUGA